AUGGCACAAGGCUGGCCAGGCCCCAGAUCUGUCUCAGGUACGACCUACUCGGCGAGACUGACUGAGGGAGGCACGAAGGACUACGUCUACAAUGUGCGCGACUAUGGCAUCCUUCGACCGAAACUAGUGUACAACUGCAAACUUGUGCCUGCUCUUUGCAAGAAUGCCAUGAGGUAUCUAGGAGGCGGAACAACGUCACAGUUUCACUUUGACGCCUUCCGUGUGCAGAAAAAGCGCGACGCUGGUCGCAACGCAAAGAAGUCGCGUGUGGAUGCGCGUCGCGAUGAGAGCUGCCCUACCAACUGGAUCAAUAAUGGCAGGUGCCCUGAGGGUGAUCAGCCUGACUGGACCUGGAAGAGCGGUGGGCAGAUCAACCCACUUGUGAAAGCACAGAUGCACAUUGAUGAGGAUGGGGUCCAGCACAGAAACCGACUUGCCAAAGUGGAGGAGAUUCGAGUUGCCGAUGCCAGUGAACCACUGGGUUACAGGCGGCAAGCUGGAUUGAAGGAGGGCAACGGAGCCAGCACAUACUGUGCACCGAUCUCUGCGGGCUGCGCUGCCUCGGCGUCCACUGCAACAGAGCAGGACUGGCAGGGUGACGGCCACAACGCACUUGGCCGCUGGUUCACUGCUAUGGCACAAGGCAAAUUGACGCCCUUUUCGCCCAAGCCUGAUUACACGAUAUUCAAGUUUGACUAUCUGGCAGACACGACGCAGGGCGCCACGGUCGGCGACGCUGUAUGGGUCGAGGUCCGCGGGAAGAAGCGCUACUGCUUUGGGCCGAAGCCAUCAACUGGAAGUGACUGCCAGCCGACUUACCCCGAUGACCCGGCGCCUGUGAACCCCUGA